GCAUUCUGGUUCUAGGGAGCCCGCAGGAAGGCACCUCUGCGGCGACCAGCGUGAAGAAAGGGGAUCGGAACGCCUCCAUCUCAAACCCCACGAAGGCACGAACCCUCUCUUCCUAGGUUCAUCGUUCCUCCUCCGCGUCCUUCCUUCCCUCCGCAGCGCGGCGCGGCGCGGCGCGAUGAUACAGCUGCUCUUCACGCUGCUAGCGGCGGAGGGCGCCGUGGCGGCGGUGCUACUCUUCAAGACGCCGCUGCGGAGGCUGGCCGUGCUCGCGCUCGACCACCUCAAGCGGGGCCGCGGGCCCGUCAUGGUGCGCACCAUCGCGGCCACCGUGCUUGUCGUGCUCGCAUCCAGUCUCCACAGCAUGGCCAAGAUCCGCGGCCACGCCGAGGGGGAGCUCGACGGCUCCGGGGUCGUGGGGCUCACCCCCACCGACCAGGUCCUUCUUGCGCGACACCUCCUCGAGGCGUCACUCAUGGGAUACUCCUUAUUCCUUGCUUUAGUCAUUGACCGGCUGCACAACUAUGUCAAAGAAAAUCGAAGGCUCAGGAAGAAAUUGGAAGAGGUGUUGAAACAGAAUAAGGCACUAGAAGAAGCAACAAAUGGAAAGCUAGAAGAGAACAGGCCUGACCAGAAAGACCUUUCCCAUGCCAAGGAUAAUUAACAAUGACAUGCGCUCAAGAAACUCCCUGCCAUCACUGCCUAUGCCUGAAUAGGAUGCCGGUCACUGAUGUUCUCCCUGUUGAGAAUUAGCAUUGGUAAAUGAAUGCUCGGUUACAACGUGCUAAAUCCUUUGCAUCUGGCCAAAUUUGUAAAUAAGCACUGGGUGAUGCCCAUCAGUAAACACAUGAUGCUACUGCUGUUAAACUAAAUGUGGCAAAUUUCAUAAUGCUAGGUAUUGUUCUCGGUAUCUAAGGUGUUGUUUGGUUGCUAAGUAUGGUGGAACGAAGUCGCUCUGCUCUCAUUCUAUUGUUGUUUGGAGCUCUCAUUCUAUUGUUGUUUGGAUUGGUUUCGUAGAGAACAGUGACUCUAAAAAAGAAAAAUUAUGUUUAAA